CCUGGCGAGGGCGCGGCCCGAGGACGCGUGGCGGAGCUGGUUCCUGGAGAGUCCGCCCGACCUCUCCCUCUGCGUCUUGCUGGAAGCCCUCGCCUCCCCGGGCCCUAGCUUUCAUCCGAGGGAGAUCGUGGAGGUGCUGGAGCAGUUCCUGCAGGAGGGACGGAUUUCAGCUCUGAUGUGGGAGGUCUGUGAGCAGCAGGCACAGGCUGGCUCACCCGAGCUGCAGGAGGCUCUGCUCAACAAGAUUGUGUGUUUGCCCGAUCACGUGAGCAAUAAACUCCAGGGGAAAAACCCACCGGUGUUCUUCCCACAGAACUACUUUCCUCUCUUGGGUGGUGCAAUUAUCCAGGUGCUGCAGAAGAUCUCCGAUUCUCUAAGAGGUGGCUUGGAUUGCUCAAUCUCUUUUGUUUCUCACGUCCUGGGGAAGGUGUGUGCUCAUGGCAGACAAAAAGAAAUUCUGAGCGUUUUGGUACCCCACUUAACGGAUCUCACCAAGUCAGACUGCAUCUGGCAAAGAAUAUGCUGGCGGUUGGUUGAAUGUGUGCCAGACCGCUGGAUGGAAGCAGUGGUCCUUGGUUUUGUGCAGAGAAUCCCUGGGGCAGAUGUCUUGUCGAGGUUGCUGGGGAACCUGGUUGUGAAAAACAAGAAAGCUCAGUUUGUGGUGACACAGAAGAUGCUGCUGUUGCAAUAUUGCCACACGACUGCAGUGCUGCAGAACCUCCUUGGCUACCUGUCCCUGGAUAGCCUUCGGCGCACCUUAUUGGUCAAAGUGCUGCAGGAACUCCUGGAGACCUGGGGCAGCAGCAGUGCUGUGAAACACUCUCCGCCUGAGCAGCAGCAGUACAUUAGCAAGGCCAUUCUUAUCUGCCUCUUCCAUCUGAAAGAGUCCGAAAUCGAGGGCUGCAGACAAGAGCUUCUCACAAGCAUGAUGGAGGGUGUGAAAUGCCACUUGGACAGCAAUCUACCACAGAUACGGCGUCUGGGAAUGAUUGUGGCAGAGAGCAUUAGUUCAAAAAUAAAUGCUGAUGGGCCUGUCUUGAAGUUUCAGUACGAAGAAGAUGAUGAAUCGAGAGAAUUGAAGUCCCUUCUGGUGCAGAGUCCGCCAUUCUGUGUUGUCCCCAGCCCUCCAGAUGAUCCUAACAAGAAAUCACACACAGCAGCCCCCGUGAUGCCAGAUGAGGAGUUGGAUGCUGAGCUUGACAGUGAUGAUGACCUCAUCCCUUAUGACAUGUCAGAGGAUAAAGAACUAAAAACUAAAGCUCCUGUGUAUAUCCGAGACUGUAUUGAAGUCCUGACAGGAUCUGAAGAUGUGGACAAAUGGGAAGCUACAAUCAAGGCUCUUGAGAGCUUGGUUCGAAAGAAUCCAGCAGCAACAAGAGAGGUUAGCGUGGAGCUGGCAAAAAUCCUGUUGCAUCUUGAGGAGAAGACCUGCAUUGAAGGCUUUGUGGAGCUCCGUCAGAGAGCUCAAGUGGCUGUUUUAACCACAGAUCCAAUACCUGUAGCAAAGUACUUGACCUCCCAGUUCUACUCUCUGAACUACAGUCUUCGUCAGCGCAUGGACAUUCUCGAUAUACUGGUUUUGGCAGCUCAAGAACUGUCUUGUCCCAAAUCCCAGGGGAAGACCAAGCAUUCUGGUGCUCAAAAACCUUCUAUCCAGCUCCUUCCUGGAAGUGACAGCUCGAAGGACUGGAGAAGAAUUGUUGAUGAAAGGAUCCAAAGCAAGACUCGGAGAUUUGCUACGGGUCAGUCUCAAGUGGAAUUGGCUUCCAGCCCAAAUGAGUUCAGUUCUGUUGCUGGCCACUUCUUUUUUCCGUUGAUUCAGCACUUUGACAGGCCUUUGACAACAUUUGAUCUGCUGGGGGAAGAUCACUUCGUCUUGGGAAGACUGGUCCACACUUUAGCAGUCCUGAUGUACUUGGCUGUCAACACCGUGGCAGUCACUACAAUUGGAAAAGUGCUGUUGGAGUUUGUUUGGGCUCUGCGUUUCCACGCUGACUCGUAUGUGCGCCAGGGUCUUCUGUCCUGCGUCUCCUCCGUGCUCCUCAGUGUCCCUUCGGAGCGUCUUCUGGAAGACAUGACAGAAGAGCUUUUGGAGACUCAGUCCUGGCUGGGAGACGUGGUGGAGAAGGAUCCAGAUGGGGACUGCAGGAGGCUGGCCUUGCAGAACUUGCUACUAAUGGAGAACCUGAAAAAGAAACUCCAAACUGUCCCUUCCUAGCUGAAGGGUGAAAGAAAUGACCUUUACCUCAUCCUCUUGCCAGCUGGAUGUGUGUAGGCACUGCAGGGCCUCUUCAGCAGUCACCUGGCUGGAGAAGAGGAAGAAGGGGGGAAGGGUGCAGGGCUGCGAGCCAGCAAACCUGACUUGACAUCUGGACUUUGUAGUGGAGGCCAAUUUAGUGAGCUAUUGCUAUCCGGUACGGCAUGUACAGAUGCAGGAAGGUAGGCUAGCACUGCCAUUCUCCCCGCACCGCCCCAGCCCCCACCCCCAGCUAUUUAUAACCUUGGCAGGUUUGAGAGCUCUGCUAAAAAUACAGGGAAGAUCUCACAGCAGAUUUCUUGUCAGAAAAACAGAAGGGCUGGAGAGGGCCACUUACCUCCCAGGGCUAAGUCUGUGACGUGCCCGUAACAAAGACUCCCCUGUCUUCUAGCAG